AUCGCAUUUUUCGCCAUCACUGCGGCUGAUGGCCACGAUUAUUCUCCCUCGUACAAGUCUUAUUCAGAUUCUGUUCGGUCAUUUUCUGCUCCAACUUAUUCUGUUCCCGCUUACAGGAAGGGGGAAGGCAGGGCUUGAUUACCCGCUUCCUCGUUACGAUACUGUCGAAUACGUGGCUAAAGUCAAGUUGUCCCCCAGCCGCCAGAUGACGCGAGUGUCUUUGAGAGGACGAAAUUUUCGCCAUUUUGAUCCCAAACGCCAAGUGAAAAGGUAUUCCAAAUUCGUUACGGAAUUGCGGUGUCGAUCUACAUUUUCAAAAUUGAAAUUUAAUGGCAAUCUGGCAUAUAAUUUCCAUUUGGCCAAAAUGUCGUCCGUUGUUAGCUGUACCUGUUCGGAUGUACGUCUCAUCUCACGCAGAAACACUACAGAGUUGGUGUUCAGGUUGGAGAUCCCGUUGCUUAACUGUUGCAGAAUGUGAGAACUCAACAAAUUCUGAGCUCAUGGCUGGCAUCAUGGCCACAGUGGUUUUGUUGCAGCCAGCUGGUGAAAGGUGUGAUCGAGUCAAGUUGAGCUGCAGCUGCUGCAUGCAGUUUAUCAAGCUGGUGUUAUCCUGAAGUGUCAUUGCAGGAAAACUUAUUUAAAUGGUAA